AUGGAUCGCCCAUAUGAGUUGUUGGCCUCUCCAACUCCAACUCCAACGAUGAGUGAUGAAUCUAUGUUUAGCAAUCUUCCAGAGCAUAUCAUUCAUCACAUCCUUUCUUUUCUUGGAAUGGCAGACAUUGUUCGGCUGAGCUUCACAUCCAAAAGCUGUAGAGAAUCAUGUGUGUACAUAUCAUCUUUAGAUUUUGAUGCCCUGCAAUAUCCUACACUAAGAGGUUUUCAAGACCAACUUAUGAAUAUUUGCGAAAGGUUCCUGUUUUUGCGCAACGGGAGGAAGCUGUCUCGGCUUUGUGUACAUUCCCAGUUCAUUGAGAAUCGUACGGAAUGCUCUCGUGUUGUCACAAUGUUGAAUAUGGCGGUUGGGUGUGACGUUGAGUUUCUUGACCUGGAAUUCUCUCAAGAGGAAGAAUGGGAAAUGUUUAGUUUGCCAAUUUGCAUCUUUCAUUGUGGAUCCCUGAAGUCUCUUACAAUCAAUAUGCAUUGCCUCAACCUUAAAUUUCCCUCUGCAUUGAGGUUUAGCAAUCUCCAAUCCUUAUCUUUAAAAUCUAUCUGGCUUGUCGAUGAAUGCUUUGGAGAAUCAGUCUCAUGUUGCAAGUUCCUUAGGGAAUUAUGGCUUGAAAAUGUAUGUGGUAUAGAGAAUUUAACAAUAGAAAAUUCCAACCUGGAACGUUUUUCAAUAUUGUACUCUUACCACCCGGAGCUCUGUCAUCUUAAUAUCUCGGGUCAGAAGCUUAACGAAAUAAAUGUUGAAUGGCGAUUUAAAUCUCCUCUUAGCAAGUCAGUGAAAAUUUCUGCUCCAAACCUCAGAUAUCUUAAAUGGGUUGGAUAUAUAACAGGUCACAAUUGUUUAGGGAGUUUGAUGCAUUUGGAACGUGUUGAACUCUUUCUACAAUGUAGAGAUCUUGAUACAACUCAGGAGUUACCUAAUAUUUUUCGUAGUGUUAUCAGCACCAAAGAUCUACAUCUACAUAAGCACAGCAUUAUGAAUCUUCAUAAUUAUGACCCCUUGCCAAUUUCAUCGGAAAAUGUACAAUGCUUGUCUCUAUCUAUUCAAAAAUUUGAGGAUUACUUAGUCCCAGCAAUGGCAUCCCUUCUUAGAAGAUUUCCUAAAAAGAACAUGUCUGGGUUUGAUAAAGUAUAUUGGCAAUCUCAACAUUUGGAGUUUAUUCAUCAACUUGAGUCGGUAUCUAUAGAGCUUCUCGAUGGGGAGACUGAAUUGGAGCUAGCAAUAUAUAUUCUCGAGCAUGCUACAAAAUUAAAGAAGAUGGUCAUCUUUUACUCCCUUUCCUUGCCGUCUGGUUUUAUUUCACGAAUAGGUAAAGACAGGAUGAGUUCAUCUCCUGUAGUAGUUUUGAAGAAAAUAUAA